CCUGUCACUUUAAAAGCUUCCAGGCAGAACUAGAGGGGAAACCCUGCCUCUCUCCGUACUGUGCCACUGUUCUAUCCAGAGCCAAAAGUAGUGAGGGAGAACAAAGAAAGAGAUGCCGACUGCAGGACUGGGGACACUACUUUAGACCAGACCGAGGGGCAGGCGGCAUCACAGGCAGCAGCAGCCAUGGGUGAGUGGGGGUUCCUGAGCUCCCUUCUGGAUGCGGUGCAGGAGCACUCGCCCAUGGUGGGCCGCUUCUGGCUGGUGGUGAUGCUUAUCUUCCGCAUCCUGAUCUUAGCCACCGUAGGCAGCGACGUCUUCGACGAUGAGCAGGAGGAAUUUGAGUGCAACACCAAGCAGGUUGGAUGCAAGCAGAUUUGCUAUGACUUGGCCUUCCCCAUCUCUCACUACCGCUUCUGGGUUUUUCACAUUGUGGUGCUCUCUGCUCCAGCUGUCCUCUUUGUCAUCUACUCCAUGCACCAGACCACUAAGAUAAACCGCAACCUGAAGGAGAUGGAAACAAGUGAGGAGGAAGCCAAUCGGGCAGUGCAGAGGGCUCAAGCACAAUAUUGCCUCCAGACCAACCAACGCAGCCAAAACAUCAAGACAUUCUACAUAGUCAAUGUGGUUGUGAGGAUCUUGGCUGAGAUCGGCUUUCUUGUUGGGCAGUGGAUGCUGUAUGGCUUCCAAGUGGAAUAUCAGUACAUCUGCAAGCAUCGGAUGUGUCCACACCUCAUUGACUGCUUUGUCUCUCGCCCAACUGAGAAGACCAUCUUCAUCCAGUUCUAUUUCAUGGUGGGACUGGUGUCAGCUCUCCUCAGCUUGGUGGAGCUGGCUCACCUUUUGUUCAAGAACCGGUGCCGGAGAUGCCGCACCAUUGCUCCUCCUCCUACUGCGGCAUCGUACGAACAGCAGGACAAUUGGUCCAACCAGAAACAAGAGAAAUCUCAGCACUUCCUGGCCCCCGUGGAUGGGGGACACAAUGGGACACCUUCUCAUGAGCAGAUACCCAACCAUUGUGAGCCCAAGGCUCCCUUCCAUCAUAAAAGCUCCGCCAAGUGCAGCAGGUCGUCUCGCUCCUCCACCCGAGCAGACUUGACAGUGUAAGGCCUGGGCCAGUUAGUGCUCUUCCUGACUUAUUGUUCCCUGGAUGAGCUGGACUCCUCCGGGGCUGGACUCUACCACUUCUCAGCCAUUGGUCCAAUUAUGCAGACCUGAUAUUUGAAGGUCUAUCCUUGUUUGUAAUGGGAUUUGCUCCCAUGAUAUUUGUAAUUCAUGCUUCUUUUCUUUCAUAUAUGUGUUUCAGAGGGCAAAGUUGUUAUGAUGCGGGUUGGUAAACGGCCAACCUCAGAUGUUUGGAAUAAAAAGAAUGAAGGAGGGA